AUGAACGAUAUUUUAAUUUCUUAUGAAGAUAUUAAUUGGACAGGACCAAAGCUUGGUCAAGGAUCAUUUGGCGAGGUUACCCUCGGAGAAUAUAAGGGAAUUAGAAUCGCUGUUAAGCAAUUCAAUAGUGCCAAGAUGAAUGAAAUUAUUUAUGAAUUUAGGAAACAUAAAAAGCUUAAAAACGAAAACAUAGUUGAGUUUUGUGGCGUGGUAAAAUCUCCAAAUGAUAAAACAUUUUUGGUAACGAAAUAUGUAGAAAAUGGAAAUCUACGCGAUUACCUUUCAGAGCAUCGUCUUGAUUGA